GGGGCAGCAUGGCAGCCUCCUUUCGGCUCGGAGGAGCAGCCUCCAGCCUCCGGUACUGGAGCCGCUUGCAGCGGCCUGCUGCGGCCGGCCUCUCCGCGGUGUGUUCUAGGUCAAUGGCUUCUAAGACUCCAGUUGGAUUCAUUGGACUGGGCAACAUGGGGAAUCCAAUGGCAAAGAAUCUCAUGAAGCAUGGCUAUCCACUCGUCAUUUAUGAUGUGUUCCCUGAGGCAUGCAAAGAGUUUCAACAGAAAGGUGAACAGGUAGUGUCUUCUCCAGCAGAUGUAGCUGAAAAAGCUGACAGAAUUAUUACAAUGCUUCCCACCAGUCUGAAUGCAAUAGAAGUUUAUUCUGGAGCAAAUGGAAUUCUAAAGAACGUGAAGAAAGGCUCAUUAUUAAUAGAUUCCAGCACUAUUGAUCCUGCAGUUUCAAAAGAAUUAGCUAAAGAAGUUGAGAAAAUGGGAGCAGUUUUCAUGGAUGCCCCUGUUUCUGGAGGUGUGGGAGCUGCUCGGUCCGGGAACCUCACGUUUAUGGUGGGAGGAGUCCAAGAGGAAUUUGCUGCUGCCCAAGAGUUGCUGGGAUGCAUGGGCUCCAAUGUGUUGUAUUGCGGAGCUGUUGGGACCGGACAGGCUGCAAAGAUCUGCAACAACAUGCUGCUAGCUAUUAGUAUGAUUGGAACUGCUGAAGCUAUGAAUCUCGGAAUCAGGCUAGGACUUGACCCAAAACUAUUGGCUAAAAUCCUAAAUAUGAGUUCAGGACGAUGUUGGUCAAGUGACACUUACAAUCCUGUACCUGGGGUGAUGGAUGGUGUCCCCUCAGCUAAUAACUACCAGGGAGGAUUUGGAACAACACUCAUGGCUAAGGACCUGGGAUUAGCACAAGACUCUGCUACCAACACAAAGACCCCAAUCCUUCUGGGAAGCCUGGCCCAUCAGGUCUACAGGGUGAUGUGUGCAAAGGGCUACUCAAAGAAAGACUUCUCAUCUGUGUUCCAGUUUCUCCGAGAGGAGGAGACCCUCUGAAUUUGCCCUUCGGCUGUGGGCGCUGUUGGAAACCAGACUCUAUCUUGGAGCCUCCUUAUAGGUCACUCCAUAAGCCAAAUGGGUUUAAUCAAA